AAAUCGUCCCGAAUAAAUGGAGAAUUUCAAGGAAAACAUCUUGAAGUGGUCGCACAAAAUUGCCGGCGAGCAGAAAUUUCAUGCUGGAUACAAAGUAGAUGUGCAGCAAGUCACGGGAAUGGGUUACUCAAGUGCUACUUUCAAAAUCAUCAUCUCUGAACCAAACCGUGAACUAAAAAUGUUCGCCAAAAUAGCUAACAUUAUGGACGACUUGAGGAACACUUCCUAUAUAAGAUUAUUUACCGAUGAGUUACAUUUUUACACAGAUAUCGCAAAAAUAUUCAGAGAAUUAGAAAAUCUGUACAAUGUUCCAGAAGAGGACAGAUUUCUGAUGCCCAAAUGUUAUGGUGGCGAACCUAAACCUAAAGAAGAGACAAUCAUAUUAGAGGACUUAAGUCACAGCGGAUUUGCAAGUGUCGACCAACGAUUGCCCUUCGACAGGGAAUUUGCUUCGAAAGCCGUAGAGCAGUUGGCAAAAUUCCAUGCUUUUUCCUUUGCUUAUGGGGUGCUAAGUCCGGCUGGUUUAACUCAAAUGCUAGAAAGCAAGCCGUAUCACGUGUUUGAUUCGCAAGUUAUGAGGAGGUUGGGGUAUGAGCAGACGGUGCCGGUGGCUAUAGAUGUUCUGGGAGAGGCCGAUCUAAGACGGUUAACGCAGCAGUAUCUAGAGAGCAAAGACCGUUUCUCUGAGCUUUCGUGCCUGUACCGAAGCGCGACACCACGCGUGCUGGCGCACGGAGACUACAAGAUCAACAACCUCAUGACCCGCUACCAUGAGGGGCGCCUGGAGAUGGUUACGGUGGACUUCCAAAAUAUCCACGCGAGCAGCCCUGCCACUGAUCUAGUGUAUCUGAUCAUGUUGGGUUCGGACGAGAAGUUCCGAGCGCAAAACCUACGUGGGCUUCUUGACCACUACUAUGCAGAGUUGGAGCGCGCACUUCGUCGCUUGCGUAUGCGCAUCGAAGACAUUUACCCCAAGGAUAUGUUCGAGGAAGAUUGGAAACAGGCGCUGCCAAUCGGAUUAAUUGUUGCACUGAUGAUCCUGCCGAUAAUACUAGCAGAUCCAGCAGCCGUGGCAGCCGGGCAGGCAAAGGAAAUCACUGAAAUGGUUCGCCCUAACGCGAAUCUUCGCUCGCGUCUAACGGGAAUAGUUCGUGACUAUGUGGCAUGGGGUCUCCUAAUUAAAUGAAGUACAUAACUGGCUACAU